AUGGCAACGAAUAGCUAUCUACUCGCCAUCGAUCAGGGAACAACAUCGACCCGGGUGAUUUUGUUUGACAGGGCGGGGAAAAACGUUGCAUCCUCUACUCGUCCAAACUAUUCGAUAACUCCAAACGAAGGCUGGGUGGAGCAGGACCCCAAGCGAAUUGUCGGCGAUGUCUACGCGUGUUUGAAUGAUGUCUCAGGCAAGGCCCAGGAGCUUGGAAUUCAGCGGGAUUCCAUCAAAGCAUGCGGGAUUACGACACAGCGUGAAACGAUGGUUAUCUGGGACGGAUCUACUGGGGAGCCUCUCUACAACGCAAUUGUUUGGUCUGAUGCACGGAACCACGAGCUUCUUACUGAGUUGGAAAAGACGUACGGGCCGAUCAUUCGCAUCAGAACAGGGCUUCCCCUGUCAACCUACUUCACAGCCGGGAAGGUUCUAUGGCUCUAUCGAAACGUUCCAACAGUCAAGAAGGCCAUCAAGAACUGCACUGCUAAAAUAGGAACCAUGGAUACGUGGCUCCUCUGGAAUCUGAGCAAGGAGAAAUCCUAUCUCACAGAUGUGACUGCAGCGUCGCGGACUCAGUUCUUUAACAUCGAAACCAUGGCAUGGGAUCCGAUGCUGCUUCACAUUUUCUCUGUUUCCACUGAAGUUCUUCCGGUGGUCUGGCCAUCUGCAGGGAGGAUAUUUGGCACCCUGUCGGAAACCGCUGGCUGGCUUGAAGGGCUCCAGAUAGGUGGUAUGAUAGGAGACCAGCAGGCGAGUAUGGUGGGGCACAGAUGCUUCACAACCGGUUCAUCCAAGAUUACUUUUGGAACGGGCGCUUUCCUGCUUAUAAACGCAGGGACUACCAAACCAGAGCCCAACGAUAAUCUCCUUAUCACGAUUUGUUACCAGGAAUCUCCUACAGCACGGCCCGUCUACGCCCGCGAGGCCAGCAUUGCAAGUGCUGGGUCCAUAUUUGAGUGGCUGAGAACAAUGGGUAUGAUAACAUCUGUUACAGACAUUGAUUCAUUGGUCAAACCCCUGCUAGACGAGACCUCCUCUGUCGUUUUUGUCCCCGCGUUUACAGGGCUUCUCUGUCCGUUCUGGUGUCCCCAUGCUCGAGCGGGCAUAUUUAAUUUAUCGUACUCAACAACGCCCUCCCACAUUGUUAAAGCAGCGAUGGAGGCUGUUGCGUUGCAGAUCCGGGACAUUCUCCCUCUUUUCCAGGAGCUCAAUAACGUGCCGAACGCUUUGAAUAUAGGUGUGGCCAUGGCUCGCAUAAAUAGUCAAAACAGUCUUUCAGAGGCCAUGGCCAUAGAGGCGCUGGAUCAGUCUGGCGACCUCACACUUCCGACUAACUCUGGGAGGCAGAUUCGCAUUGAUGGUGGCUUGACUAAGUCGGAGCAUUUCUCACAAAUCCUCUCGGAUGUGACACAGUGUGCAAUCCUGGUAUCUAGAGAUCAAGAACUCACGUCUCUUGGUUGUGUGAUCAUGGCUGGCCUUACAUUGCAGAUUUACAAAGAUUUAUCUGACGCAGAGGCCAGUAUAGGCUCCUCCUUCAGUCUAUUUUCUCCUAAGAGAUCAGCGUCCCAGGCAGCAGAGCUCUAUAAUAAGUGGCAGGUUGCAAUCAAAAAGACAAUGUAA